CGUGCUGCUGCAGGAGAGCGCGGAGGCUGCGGGCGGGGAGGACAGAGGGAAAUCCCUGGGAUGCAGCGAGCCUCUUGCAAAGUAGCGGGACCCUCCUGGCCAGGCGGCUGGUUUCUGAAGCAGCUGCGGGGUGGCUGCGUGACCUCUCGCUGCAGCAGGUCCAGAUCUGGGAAGAAAUGUUAUGACAAUCAGUUAUCCCCUGCUACCCUACCCAAGAUAACUGCUGGAAACAACUAAGAUUGAAUGGGAGAAAGAACUGGGCUCAGGCUGAAAGGGCGUCUGGCCUGUGAAGAAGAUUAUUAGAACCACAUUUAGGGUUCUGAAUACGCUCCGGACAAUUAUCGUGGUUAGAUGAAGAUAAUAGCUAUUUGUGCACUUAAGGACAGUCCUGGAAAUGGCUGUGCAUUUCAUUUCAACAGAAAAGAGUAAGAUGGUCAGAAAUAAAGAAAUGAGGAUGAACACAACAGAAUCUCAGAAGGGUGAAAGAACAAUAAGUACAGCUGAGAACAAGGAGAGAAGCUGAAGUGGUGGUAGGACAGUGCCAAAUGCUAUCCAAGAUUAGCAUUGACCUGAGAGUUUGUUACAGGUUUACUUCAUGUAGUUUUGGAUUUUUUUCCACCCUGUUUUAGUGGCUAAUGCAAUUUUUACCACAUGAAAGAGUUAUGAGAGUCUGCAGUUUCUCACAACUCCUUUCCACGCUGCACAUCAGAGUUAAACAAGACCCUACUGCCUUUCUGACUGCACAGAAGAAUUUAUUGUGCCCUGUAGCCGCUCUCUAACUUUACAUUUUAAAGGCUGGCUUUACUAAUGCUGACUGCAUGCCCUCUAGCCUUGUAGAGAAGCAGCGUCUCCAAAGUCAAACAAUCACUAACCACACUUGCUGGAGCUGCACCUUAAACUGUGUCUGCUCUUAGCUUAACCCAGUUGGAAACCACAAUGACUCGCCCCCUACAUCAGUCGCUUCCCUACUUUCCCCAGGUCACAGGAGUUCUGGAGACAUUUGACCAUAGCUCUUCCUUGGCUAACCUCAUGUCAAUCUACCAGGCAGCCAACAGGACAGCCUUCAACUGGACAGACAGCCGGAUUGUUGAGUGGGAGAAGUUUGCUGAGCUGGCCAAGUAUGAACCAGAGUUCCAGAAGCCCACAGUGAAAGCUCUUCUAAUCGUGGCAUACUCAGUUAUCAUCAUCAUAUCCCUGUUUGGCAACAUGCUGGUCUGCCACGUGGUGAUCAAGACCAAGAGGAUGCACUCAGCCACCAGUCUCUUCAUUGUCAAUCUGGCAGUGUCCGAUAUCAUGAUCACUCUGCUCAACACUCCUUUCACUUUGGUUCGGUUUGUGAACAGCACGUGGGUUUUUGGAAAGGCCAUGUGUCAUAUCAGCCGCUUCGUGCAGUACUGCUCUCUUCAUGUCUCCACACUCACCCUGACAGCCAUAGCUCUGGACAGACAUCAGGUAACAAUGAAGGGACUUUUCUUUCCCGGGGAGAUGAUGGUCACUGUGAAGUCUCUACUGCAGGUUAUUCUGAAUCCACUAAAGCAAAGGAUGUCACUAACAAGAGGAGUGCUGAGCAUUUCUGUUAUCUGGCUGAUGGCAACCUGUUUCUCCCUGCCCCACGCAAUCUAUCAGAAGCUUUUCCAGUACAACUACCGGGAAGCUACUGUCCGGAGUUUGUGUCUUCCUGAUUUUCCUGAGCCUGCAGAACUGGUGUGGAAAUACUUAGACCUUUCCACCUUCCUCCUCCUCUACCUCUUGCCCCUUCUGAUCAUCACCAUCACCUACACACACCUGGCCAAGAAGCUGUGGCUGCGCAAUGCCAUUGGGGACAUCACCACGCAGCAGUACAUCACCCACCACAAGAACAAGAAGAAAAGCAUCAAGAUGCUGGUGUUGGUUGUGGUGGUCUUUGCUGUCUGCUGGUUCCCACUCAACUGUUAUGUAGUGCUCAUCUCCAGCCUUGGCAUCAAGACCAAAAACUCCCUCUAUUUUGCUCUGCACUGGUUUGCCAUGAGCAGCACUUGUUAUAACCCCUUCAUUUACUGCUGGCUGAAUGAGAGCUUCCGCUCAGAAAUCAAGUCCUUACUCAGCAUGUGCCAGAAGGUCCCGCAAACACAGGACAAUGUGUUGCCAGCUGUGAUCAUGGCCUAUCGAGAGGCCUGGAUCGAGCAAGCCAGGUACAAGCAGAGGACUUCCUCACAGAGCAUUCGCUCCACCACAAAUGUGCAGACAGUCAACACAGAUUUGUGAAUUGGAGAGUCAAGGAUGAAUGAAUUUUGCAACUCUGGCGGGAAGUGCCAUGUCAAGCAACACUCAAUGGAAGCACAGGAGAGAUCAAACAGCAGAAUUA